AUGGACCAGGCCCUGAAUGGCGACGGCACGCGGCGGGAAGGUGCAACUAAGAGGUUUGGAGGUGUGGACUUUCUUCUCUGGAGGCUGGGGCCCUUGCCUUCUUUGGGUCUUUGCGAAGAGACUCUCACACUCGGAGGGAAAAGGAAAGAGGUGAAAGCGCACCAGCAAAAAAGAAAGUUGCCCACCUCGCGGCCAUCACCCAUCUGCAGGAAAGCCAUCCGCGUGACCUUCUCUCCAAUGAGAAAGAGAGACUACCAGAGACCCGUCAGCUGUGGUCGAUCCGCUCAGAGACUUGGGUACAUGCUAUGUAUUCCGAACAACCGGUACGGAGUACGUACUGCCCCCUCGUACCUGGCAACGUACUGGCUACCCCUGCUCUUCACAAUAACUUGGGAAGCAACGGCCACCGGAAUUGGUCUCCCCUCGUCGGCCAUGGAUCAAACUGCCAACGCUCUUCCAAUUCACUCCAGGUCCUGGCCGUCCAAUCCUCUCUUGUCGUUGGUUCCUACUCCGUUUUCUCCCCAUUCGAAUCUGUCCCCUCCCGUCGCCCCGUGGGCCGUCGCCGCCAGCAGGAACUUCCCCCUUUCAUGGGCAUACGGGGUACUGUGCUGUUACCGUUGUUUCUUGAUCAACAUCUGCUCGGAACAUUUCCUAACAAUGUUCCGUCCCGAGUACUUGGGAUCCAAGCGCCUCGACGCCGGCAGAUUCUACGGAUACAUCUGGAGAGAAGGGAAGACGGGCACCAAGCCAUCCUACCAUCCAUUUCUAUUUUCAAACUUCCACUGCUCACGUCUACGUUCUGACGAGGAAGACUGGGAACAUGAAUGCAAUGGCUUCCACCAUGAAGGGACCAUCCCUCUUUCCCCGGCUUUGUCAGGCCAGUGCGGCAAUGGCGGGAAACCAGCCGUCGGCAACACGUCCUCCUCGUCGUUGAUCAAUCUUCACACCACAUGGUCUUCCUUGUCGAAGCUUUAUUAUCGCGAUGGUUGGCCCGUUCGUGCCAUUUGCUGCCAUCCCAUCUUCGAUAAUGCCUCUGAUGGGAGGUCUAGCCAGAUCGCUCAGCAUGUCAACAACAAGACUGAAGAAACCCAUCAACUACAAACGCUCGUGACAGCGUUGACUGUCUCACGGCUAUCGACUCGUGUUUCAACUCACUUUGUCCUACACACUCAGUUCCUCAGCUUCUUCAAGACACCUCGCAGGCUCACAGUCAGUACGGAUACGAAUACCUACACGCCGUCCAAGCCGUUUCCCCUCAUCCAUCCGUUACGGUUGUGGGCGACAGCUCACAAACUGGCCGGGGCAGGACGGCCGAAAUCGGCAAGGUGGACAACUGCACCCACCAUAGAACGAUCAAUUAGGAAACGGGCAACAAUCUGCACAACGAGACUCAUUAUGUUUGCACGGCGACUGAGCGUCGGUGUGGUGGCUUUCUCACCACCAGGCUUGUGCAGGUACAUGUGUCCGCAGAUUAUGACCAUGACAUUGGCAUUGCCAUUCAAGUUCCAACAAAAUAAUGACGCGAGUGUCAAACUGCGGGCUUCCAUCAUCGUCAGCCCAAGAACAGAGCUCCAUAAGCUAACUGAGCAUAAACAUGGCGAAAUUACCACGACUUCGCGCAUGUCUCAACCCAGCGAUACUUGGGGGAAGAGCAGCGCAACUCCAUCGCUCCCUGACCCAGAAACCGCGUCGGCUACUGGCGAUACCAGCCCACUUCGUCGGAUUGUUCCCAAGGAUGAACGCGCCGUUUGGACGAUCUACCCAAUGACAGCUCGCCUCCAUUCCAACUCCAUCAUAUCUCAAUUAGGUCGCCAGUCAGCAGCGCCGAGUUCUCGACUUGAGCGUUCGAAGCUUCGAGUGCGAAUUGUCCAACACUCGAGUCCGAUAAUAAUGCCGAUCAUUAUUGUGCUUCUCGCCGGACCAUCUGCGGAAUUCGGUAUCCCCGCUCCCGCUGUCACGGAGAACUCACUCAACCCUAAAUCGAAGCACUUUGAGGAUCUUUACCCGCUCGUCCCAUUUUCACUGCCAAUCGCUUGUUACAAUACACGUCAGCAGACCAUGGAACAGUUCGGAUCCGAGAUCAAAUCCCGACUUCGGGUAAGCACGCUGAAAGUCUAUAUACAUACGGCUCGCGGCUAUGAGGCACAGCUGGGUUGUGCUGCCCGCGGUGCUGUGGGUGAGGAUGAUCCCUUGCAUCGACAGUUCCGUACUUGGCAGUCACAUACGGAGUGUCCGCGCAUACUGCCUCAGUCCAGGUUCAAUCGGGCGCGACAACUCCAGGCCUUUGCCACAGUUUGGACCGCUCUUAAGGAUCCGAGCGUGCAUGUUGCCGCUGAGUCUGAGGCUACAACGCCCUCCCAUUGGCUUUGUGUUGGCUCGUCGUCGAAAGCUACCAGCUACCAUGCUUCCUUCUUCAAAAACGUAUCUCUUAAGUACCUAGUACACUUUACAGCUCAGAGUGUCUUGAUUGCCGUGUCGGAGGAAAAUUUCAAAGGAAGCGGCUCCGUUGUCGAAUUGAGGAACGGCGGCCGUCGGCAACUACUUGCAGAGCGGCGUCCGAGAGACGACAUGCAGCAAUCAUUCUUCGAUUGUUGCGGUCUCGCCGUUAUUGCCUUUUAUGCGGCGAAACGCAAGUCCAUGCUAAUCGAAUAG